AUGAAAUUUAUGCUUUAAGCUGUAAAUUUUUAACAAGAAUAACCUAUUCAUUUUCAGACUAUGGAUUAAUCGGCUAAAGCAUAAGAAAUGUUUAAUUAUUUGGCUUAAAAUUAUUUUGAGAAUACAAAAUUCUAAAUUGGAUAUAAAUUUCCUGAUUUAAAGUAGGGAUUUAUUAAUCCUAACGAUGAUUUAAGACCAUUUCAUGAUGCAAAUGCAUAAUUCUAUAUAUUUUUAAAUUAAUAAGGUUAACUCAGUCCUUAAGAUGAACAUGUGUCUUAAGGUGUGCUUAUAAGAACUUAUUAAGGUGAAGGUGAUUAACAAACACCAAUUAGUGAGUAAUAUGUAGAUCCAUAUUUAUACUUAGGAUAGGUAAUUAUCAAAAUAUAUAAAAGUAUUUAAUAUAAUUGAUACAAUAAUAUAAUCUAACAGCGAAUUCAUUUUUAUUAUAUGAUCAUGAAUCAACACUAUUGACUGAUAAUGAAAAUUUUUAAAUAGGAAACUUUAUGAAUUAUCCUUAUUUAAAUAUGGUUGUUUUUAAUAAUUAAAUUGUUCCUUAGUAAGGUGUGCUUAUAAGAACUUAUUAAGGUGAAGGUGAUUAACAAACACCAAUUAGUGAGUAAUAUGUAGAUCCAUAUUUAUACUUAGGAUAGGUAAUUAUCAAAAUAUAUAAAAGUAUUUAAUAUAAUUGAUAAAAUAAUAUAAUCUAACAGCGAAUUCAUUUGUAUUAUAUGAUCACGAAUCAAAACUAUUGACUGAUAAUGAAAAUUUUUAAAUAGGAAACUUUAUGAAUUAUCCUUAUUUAAAUAUGGUUGUUUUUAAUAAUUAAAUUGUUCCUUAGUAAGGUGUGCUUAUAAGAACUUAUUAAGGUGAAGGUGAUUAACAAACACCAAUUAGUGAGUAAUAUGUAGAUCCAUAUUUAUACUUAGGAUAGGUAAUUAUCAAAAUAUAUAAAAGUAUUUAAUAUAAUUGAUACAAUAAUAUAAUCUAACAGCGAAUUCAUUUUUAUUAUAUGAUCAUGAAUCAACACUAUUGACUGAUAAUGAAAAUUUUUAAAUAGGAAACUUUAUGAAUUAUCCUUAUUUAAAUAUGGUUGUUUUUAAUAAUUAAAUUGUUCCUUAGUAAGGUGUGCUUAUAAGAACUUAUUAAGGUGAAGGUGAUUAACAAACACCAAUUAGUGAGUAAUAUGUAGAUCCAUAUUUAUAGUUAGGAUAGGUAAUUAUCAAAAUAUAUAAAAGUAUUUAAUAUAAUUGAUAAAAUAAUAUAAUCUAACAGCGAAUUCAUUUGUAUUAUAUGAUCACGAAUCAAAACUAUUGACUGAUAAUGAAAAUUUAUAAAUAGGAAACUUUAUGAAUUAUCCUUGUUUAAAUAUGGUUGUUUUUUAUAAUGAGUAAUUGUAACCAAUUUAAUAUAAUAAUCCAAUAUACAAUUAGAAUGAUUAAUAAUAAUUACAAUAAAUACAAUAAUAAUAAUAACAAUAUACAAAAUCUAAAGAACUAAAAUAAACCCAAUAAUAAUACUCACAAUAAACACAUUAAUAAUCAAAAUAAGCAGAAUAAUAUUAAUAACAAUAAACACUAUAAUAAUAACUACAAUAUCCCCAAUAAUAAUACUAACAAUAAACACAAUAAUAAUCAAAAUAAGCAGAAUAAUAAUAAUAACAAAAAACACUAUCAUAAUAACAAUAAUAUACACAAUAAUAAUAAUAAUAAGAAGAAUAAUAAUAUCAAUAAACACUAACAUAAUAACAACAAUAUACACAAUAAUAAUCAAAAUAAGCAGAAUAAUAAUAAUAUCAAUAAACCCCAUCAUAAUAACUACAAUAUCCCCAAUAAUAAUACUAACAAUAAACACAAUAAUAAUAAAAAUAAGCAGAAUAAUAAUAUCAAUAAACACUAACAUAAUAACAACAAUAUCCACAAUAAUAAUAAAAAUAAGAAGAAUAAUAAUAUCAAUAAACACUAACAUAAUAACAACAAUAUACACAAUAAUAAUCAAAAUAAGUAGAAUAAUAAUAAUAUCAAUAAACCCCAUCAUAAUAACUACAAUAUCCCCAAUAAUAAUAAUAACAAUAAACACAAUAAUAAUCAAAAUAAGCAGAAUAAUAAUAAUAACAAUAAACACUAUAAUAAUAACUACAAUAUCCCCAAUAAUAAUACUAACUAUAAACACAAUAAUAAUCAAAAUAAGCAGAAUAAUAUUAAUAACAAUAAACACUAUAAUAAUAACUACAAUAUCCCCAAUAAUAAUACUAACAAUAAACACAAUAAUAAUCAAAAUAAGCAGAAUAAUAUUAAUAACAAUAAACACUAUAAUAAUAACUACAAUAUCCCCAAUAAUAAUACUAACAAUAAACACAUUAAUAAUAAAAAUAAGCAGAAUAAUAAUAUCAAUAAACACUAACAUAAUAACAACAAUAUCCACAAUAAUAAUAAAAAUAAGAAGAAUAAUAAUAUCAAUAAACACUAACAUAAUAACAACAAUAUACACCAUAAUAAUAAAAAUAAGAAGAAUAAUAAUAUCAAUAAACACUAACAUAAUAACAACAAUAUGCACAAUAAUAAUCAAAAUAAGUAGAAUAAUAAUAAUAUCAAUAAACACUAUCAUAAUAACAACAAUAUACACAAUAAUAAUAAUAACAAUAAACACAAUAAUAAUAAAAAUAAGCAGAAUAAUAAUAUCAAUAAACACUAACGUAAUAACAACAAUAUACACAAUAAUAAUCAAAAUAAGCAGAAUAAUAAUAAUAUCAAUAAACACUAUCAUAAUAACAACAAUAUACACAAUAAGAAUAAUAACAUUAAACACAAUAAUAAUAAAAAUAAACAGAAUAAUAUUAAUAACAAUAAACACUAUAAUAAUAACUACAAUAUCCCCAAUAAUAAUACUAACAAUAAACACAAUAAUAAUAAAAAUAAGCAGAAUAAUAAUAUCAAUAAACACUAACAUAAUAACAACAAUAUACACAAUAAUAAUCAAAAUAAGCAGAAUAAUAAUAAUAUCAAUAAACGCUAUCAUAAUAACAACAAUAUACACAAUAAGAAUAACAACAAUAUACACAAUAAUAAUCAAAAUAAGCAGAAUAAUAAUAAUAUCAAUAAACACUAUCAUAAUAACAACAAUAUACACAAUAAGAAUAAUAACAAUAAACACAAUAAUAAUCAAAAUAAGCAGAAUAAUAAUCAUAAUAAACACUAUCAUAAUCACAACAUUAAACACAAUAAUAAUCAUAAUAAAUAUCAUAAAAACAUGGAUCAUUAGAUGCUGAUUAAUAAUAACUAAAUAAUAAUAUUUAUAUUAAUUAAUAAUUAAUAUAAAAUAGUCCUAAUACGAACUUUAAUAAUUAAAAUCCACAAUAAGAUUCUCCAGGUUAAGUUAAUGUCAAUUAGGCACUUUAAUUUGAUCAGCAACCAUUGUCGCCACAUUAACAAAUAGAGCCAAAUUAAAAAUCUUAAUAGCAAUAAAAAUAAAAAUCAUAAGUAAUUCCAAUUGAAAAACAGUAAAUAUAUUUAAAUAGACUUUAGAAUUAAAUAAAUUAAGGACUCUAUUGUGAUUCUAAAACACAUGACCCUUUACUUUGAUCCUUUUGGAGAAUACAUAACAUAUAUAUAUCAUCACCCAAUAUAAUUUAGUGGUAGUAUAAGAAAAUCUUAGAGUACAUCAACCAAAAAAUUCAGUAAUUCUGGAUAUAAAUGGACCAGUGUUCAUUAAAAUAAGUAUGAAUAUGCAGAACUUGAUGAAUAUAGCUUUGGAAUAAAAUGGGAAGGAGGUAAUGAAAGUCUAUUAAAAAUGAAAUAAUAAUGAAAAUUUUAUAAUAUGGAAC